UCCUGAACAGAAGGCAGCAGCAGCAGCAGCCGGGACUCCAUGUAAACACGCCGCGCACAGGGCUUUGUUUCACACACACAGACACACACGCUCCGCAGGUAUCUCCCCUCUAGUCAUGCCAUGGAUAUUUUGUGGCAAUACCAGUUCCGAAUCAUUCUACUCGGGGAUUCCACAGUGGGCAAGUCCUCGCUGCUGAAGCGUUUCACGGACGGGAUUUACAGCGAUGUGGCGGACCCGACGGUUGGGGUAGAUUUUUAUGCCCGCUCGCUUGAAAUCGAGCCCGGGGUGAAAAUAAAGCUCCAGCUCUGGGACACGGCCGGCCAGGAACGAUUCAGGUCUAUCACAACAUCAUAUUACCGCAACUCUGUAGGUGGGCUACUUGUCUUUGAUCUCACCAACCGCAAAACCUUCGACCACGUGAGGGAAUGGCACAAGGAGGUGAGUGAGCACAUCCUGCCUCACCACAUGGUCUACAUCCUCAUCGGCCAUAAGAGCGACCUUAACAAGGACCGCAAGGUUAGCAGGGAUGAGGCGGAGCAGCUGGCUGCCGAGCUGGGAAUCCGCUAUGUGGAGACAUCAGCCAAGUGCAACAGCAAUGUGGACCGGGCCUUUGAGCUGCUGACCAGAGACAUCUAUGAGCUGAUGAAGAUGGGGGAGAUCGUCACCCGAGAUGGCUGGGACGGCGUGAAGAGCGGCCUCACUGCCAAGGUCCUCUACCCUACAGAGGAUGAAGAGGAACUAGCUGCUGCGUCAGCUGAAAAAAGUUGCCACUGUUGACUGAGAACUCUUUGUGUCCCAUCACCAUCCUGUCACACCAAGAGCUCACUUUGUCUCACAGCCGUCCAUCAAAACCAAAUCACUCAGACUUAGCACACCCUGUGAUAUCACCAUCCAUCACUUCCUCACCUUGUGCUUCGUGCCCCGUCUGUGUGUUGGUUUUUCUGACAGCUGGGAUUAUUUUUGAUCAGGGCGCUAGAGUAACUACCGAUGUGUAUCUCUUAGGAAAGUUGUAUUGUUAAUUUGAUAUGAUGUAGCAUGAGUCGAGUUGUUUUGAGCCUCAUCCAGCUCAAAAAAUCGAAAACAUGCCAGUGUGAUCAGGUCUUGUGGCUUAAAGUGUAGCCAGUACUCCUUUUCAUAGCAAUGGCGCUAAAGGACUGCUAAGCAUAAGAAAGUACAAAUGGACUAUUAUGGUCUGGCAUCACUUACAUUUCAUAUGGAACUAUUAUGGGUUUCUACUUGUCAAAGUUUGUGCAAUGCUUUGCCUGCAGUCUUUAGUGACUGUAAUAUUGUAAAUAAUAGUUAAAUCUAUACAGACGAGCGCUUAAUACAUAGUGUGAACAGGCACCGUGCACUCUGAAAUAAGUGUCACCAUAUUAAAUCCAUGUGCUGCUCCUGCUUCUGUAAGCUGUGUGUGCACUUAAGCCAAAUUGAUUUAAACCUUUGAUCAUUAUGUGAGCAGAUAAAUAAUGUUUUUUUGUAAAAUGCUAGAGAUUAUUUGUAGUAAAGGCAUAUACAUGAAUAUAGAAUGAAUAUAUUGCAAUUAGAGUAGGUGGUCCCAUUUAGGUAUUUGUAUGACAACAUAAGCAGCAGCAGGAAGUGUGUCAGAGGUUCACCUCUGAGUCAUCAGACCUUUAACAAUGACAGAAAAAAGAGUUUGAGGUUGGCCUUCAGCUGAAUGCAGCUUCAACAAAUCCCUAUUAAAGGCUCAGUUCUCAACGAUAACAUCACAUUCAGGCUCUAGGUGGUGAUAACUGCCAACUCAUUUACUGAAAUAGAUGGAUGUGUUACUUUAUGUGCUGUUCAAGAUGUGUAAGAGAAUUGAGGUCCAAAUGCAUAGCAUCAUACACAGCAGAAGCUAAUGACUUUUGACAUGGUUAUUGCAGGCUUCUAAACUGGCUUUAGUUCAGCUUAUCUGGGCUAUCAGCGGGCCAGCAAAUGUCAUAUUGUGAAACCAUGGUGUUGGAUUUAGCUGUUCUCACUCACAUUUUGUGCCACAUAUUUUUUUGCAAUUUUGGAAAAUUGAUAGCUUAAGUAUAAGAGCUGCAAUUACCCUAGCUUAGCAUAAAGACUUAGGCAGCUCAAGAAAAGUAAUAUGUUUAAGCAAAUAAAUUUUAUGUUUUAAUUCAGUUUUAUUUAUAUAGCGCCAAAUCACAACAGUUGCCUCAAUGCGCUUUAUAUUGCAAGGUAAAAACCCUACAAUGAU